GAGGGCGGAAGCCGGCGCUGCAUCGAGGGAGGCGGCGAAGGGAAAGGGAAAGAGAAAAGGACUUCUGCGGGCGCUUCCGCUAUUGGCUGCUGCCGCUGCUUCUUCCGCGGCCGCUGCUGUUACUGCUUCCACUCUGAGGCUGGCCGGAGAACGAUGACCGUUGCGAGGCGGCGGCGGCGGAGGAGGAAGAGUUUCUGGGGCUUCGGAGCGAGGGCCACGUCGAGCUGCUGAGGGAGGGAGCCCUGGCAAAGGCCCGCGAUGAGUUUGCUGUCCGCAGGUAACCCUUCGCUGGCUGCAGCUGCCAUGGAUGAACUAGCCGAAGAUGACAUUUAUAUUUUGAACCAUGAAAAAGCAGACACUCAUCCUAAGCAAGAUGGAGAAAUUCCUACUCCCGUGUAUUCAGGCGAAGAGUCUGUUGCUUCACAUUUUGCACUUGUCACUGCUUAUGAAGAUAUCAAAAAACGACUGAAAGAGACAGAAAGGGAGAACUCCCUCUUAAAGAAAAGAGUAAGAGUGUUAGAAGAAAAGGUUCUUGGCUCCCAUUUGGAAGAAAGCACAAGCUCCGUAGGCCGUGAGCAGGUUAACAAAGCCUACCAAGCAUAUCGAGAGGCUUGUAUUGAACGGGAUAAUCUGAAAAGUAAACUGGAUAAAAUGAUGAAAGAGAACACCGAAUCCCUGAAACAUUUGAAUGAGCAGUUGCAGUCCAAAGAAGUGGAGCUCCUGCAGCUCAGAACUGAAGUGGAAACUCAACAAGUGAUGAAGAGCCUGAACUCUACCCCAUCGAGUUGGGAAAUAGACAAGCUGAAUAAUGCCCUAAAAGUGCACAGUUUGGAACAGGAUUUGGAGAAGCUGAGGGAAGAAUGCAAUGAUCUUAGAAAAGAACUACAGAAAUCUAUUCAGAAGGUUGUAUCCCAGGAAGGAAGUUUAACAAAUGGAGAGUGUAUCCAACAGCAGAUAAGCAUUCAUAGUGAAAACGUUCAGCAAGCGUACUGGGAGUUGAAGCGGGAGAUGUCUAAUCUGCAUCUGGUGACGGAAGUGCAAGCGGAAAUGCUCAGAAAACUGAAACUGAUCCCAUCUGCAACCAAGAAAGUGCCAUCGCGUGCUCCUGUUCAGUGUAUUGAAGACCUUGAAAGGGACACCACAGAUCUUUAUUUAGCUGUUUCUGGAGCUGUGUACAAAAAGAGGCUACUUCCGCCGAGCGACCACAUUUUCAGCAAUGCUGUGUCUUCCCCCUCGUGCACUGACGAGAGACUUAUCCCAGUUCACGACUCUCCAUUUCAGGAACCUAAUUCGUACGGAAAGAGCUCUCUGGAAGAUAAUUCUUGGGUCUUCCCAAGCCCUCCAAAACCUAGUGAGACAGUGUUUUGGGAAACGAAAAACAGAGCGUCUCACUUAAACUUUCCAGAGAACAGUUUGGAUCACUGUAACCAAAACUGCCUGCACAAGAGCUAAGAACUGUGGAACUUGAUUUAGCUCCGAAUGGGCUCCCAUAGACGUAAGAGGAAAGUAGCUAAUGGGAAGGAGGGUGAUUUUACUCUUCCCUUGUCUAAUUUUGAAAGCAGGCCAUAUACAUCAAAAGAAAUGGUAUAUGGUGUAAGGCCUAGAAUACACGAGUCACAAGCCAGUCUUCGGAUUGCACUCCUGCAAAUUACUAGAGUAUUAAGCCUCAGAGUAAAACAAAAGCUGUACAUUGCAGCUAAUUGUGUGAAUGUUGCUUAAAAAUACAGUAUCUUCAGACAUUUCUACAAAGCUUCGAGAAUGUCCUUCCCCCUCUCCUUUUUUGACACUGUCUCUUCCUUCAGGCCUCUCAGGUAAACAAUGGAAUGUGAUGUAGGUUUUACUUCCAGUUCUGAAACAGCGUCUGGUUUUUGUUCCAUACUCUGUGAUGUGCGCUGGGAAGAAGAGGUAAAUGAUUGAAGUGAUUGUGACUAAAACAAUAAGCCAAAUGAGUAGAUUUGCUGUCUCAGCUGUGUAUCAUCUUUAGCCUUGCAGUGAAGAAUCUGAGGUAGUAGAAAUGGAGUAGAAAUCUUUAAAAACUUAAUGGCAAAUCCUUCCUUCAUAGAUAGUGGUGUUCUGGUAUGAUCCUAGCCAAAAUGCAGUGACCGUUCGGGUGCCUAUCUGCCAGUUACCAAAAACUUUGCUUUAUGACUCCUAAGCUCACUGACUGCUUUGAUGUAGAAACCUCCAGGCGCCUUAAGCAGGAAGAACUGUAAUAUGAUAAAUGCAUUUAAUCUAUGAUAAAAUUUAUGUCCUAUAUUCAUAAGGUGCAUUGAAGUGUCAGAAACAUUACCUGUAUGUACAUAGUCACUCAAUAUUCUAACUAUUGCCAGUCAAAUAAUUCUUAAGUUCCUGGUCCCUACCUUAUAUUACUGAUUAGCUGAAAUUAAUAUUUUGUGGCAAAACCUAUUAAUCAUUAUUGAUUUGUUUCCAAGUAGAGAAUAGUGGAUGCUUUCAGAGCCUGUUAAUGUCCAGGUUUCCAAGCAAUAAUUUUUCCUCUUUGGCCUUUUGAGAUGCAGUGGAGUAAGAUUCUCUCAUGCUGGAAAGGGCUGGUGAGGGCUGACAACACAGUUGAGAUAUCAGCUCCGAGGUUUCCCUAGUUCUGUGCCAGAAUCUCAUCUGAUCAUUUCAACGGUUACAAAUUAAUGCAUUAUGCCACCCUCCUCCUUCCUUCCCAACUUGGGACUUGAAACAUGACUAGGGAAAAGUAAAAUCUGCAUUGGACCCAAGAGAUCAGGAGUGAGCAACCUGCAAGCCUUGGCCCAAUUCCAAAAGCCCUCUGCUGAUGUUCAUAUCAUCUGGUAGAGUAACCUGCUGAGUGGAGAGGAAAAGUGUAACCACAC